GGGAGUAUAAAUACGAUGCCUCAUCCCGCGGAAGACCUAAUCCUUUCUUUCCCCUCCUCACCUGGACGCGCCGCCGGCUGCUGGACGCGCCCGUCGAGCCCUCCUCGCGCCGCCGGCCGCUGGACGCCCGCCGCCGCGGAUCUGAAGCUCCACCGUCGCCGGCCCCACGUCGCGGAUCUGAAGCUCCACCAUCGCCUUCGUCUCGCGCCCCUCCUGCUCCUUCGUCUCGCGCCCCUCCUCGCGCCGCCGGCCCCUCGUGCUCUUCUCCUCUUCAGGCAGGUCCGAGCCAAGUUGCUGCACCAGUUGAAUGUUCAAUGUAGGAGUACACCGCAAGUUCUAGCCCAGCGCAGCGACUUCUGGAGUCCUCCAGCCAGCGCACGUGCCGUGCACCAAAAAAUGGCCGAGGAGGGUAGGCACAUCGCCGCCGGUGACCCCAUCCGGCCGCCGCGGCUGGAGGAUGCGGGCCUGGAGGACUGCGCGCUCCCGCCGGAAUCCAUCGCCGAGGCUUUCUCCCUUGCGGCGUUGGCCGUCUCCUCCCGCCUCCCCCACCUCUCCCUCUCUGAGGACGAGGACGAGGGAGAUGACCCGCUUGCUCCUCGUGGAGGCUGCGUGGAGGACGCGGGAUCCACCCGUGGGGCCAUUCCCGACGCCCUUGUUGGCGCAGGGGGCGGCAGCGAGGGCGGCGCCGACGAGGUCGUGGUCGUCGGCGGCGGUGGCGGAGGAGGCAGCGACGAGGUGGUAGUCGUCGGGCGCGGAGACGAGGAAGAUAGGGUUGUUGUGGUCGGAGAAGAGCUGGGGCAGGAGAAGCGUUGCGGCAAGGGAACCAGAGAAGGAGAGCGCCGGAAGGAGGAGGAGGAGGAGAUGGUGGAGAAGGCCAUCUUGCUGGAAGAUUUCGCGUGAGCUUUCCUUUAGCCUGAUGAGAUAUUUCCCUAGUACUUUGUUGUUUGUUUGACUUGUAAUGUAGUGAAUCUUCCUAUAUGGAAGGCGAGAGUGAAUUUAUCUCAGAUGUAGUGUUUAAUUUUAAGAUCAUUACUAAUGUGGUGUUUGAUUUUAAGAUCAGAUGACAGUAUGUUAGUCUCUAAGUGGCAAGCUACUUAGCAUCAAUGGUAUUCGAUUUAGUGCA